AUGAGUGAGAAUGAGAGUGGUCCUACACCGAUAGUUGUGGAAGCAUCGGAAACUUCUGGUUUUGAAGAUGAGUGCAUGUCCAAAACAGCUGAGCAGAACGCUCCGCAAAAUGAGGGAAGGAAUUCUUCGUCAUCUGAUCCUGUGUAUGAGAAAUCUUCGGACUCUCAGUACACAGCUGUGUUGGAACGUCUGCUGAUAACGUAUCUUCAACAAAAUCUCCUGUUCUACCGUAAUCAAGCUAUCGCCGAUUAUAAAAGCUGUACAACGGCUAUGACACAGCUCAUCGGUAUGUAUCGUCUUGCCCUCCUUGUGUUAGCUACAGCCUAUGGAGCCGUGGCUGAUGAGGAAGUCAAGGAAAAUGUAGCAGCCGGGUAUUUCUCACCUGUGCAAGUGGAUCCGGGUUAUGGGUACGAUCAGCCCACAUACCAGCAGCCAUCCUACCAGCCACCGCAGUAUUACCAGCCACCAGAAAUUGUAUUGCCACCAUUUGCUUUGCCCACAUUUGAUGACCACCGACGACGUGGACCUCCUGGUAUGCGCAGGUUCGAACGACAGUCCUGUCGCAACACGGCCGUAUUCUCUUGGAAAUCCUGUGACACAUGCUGCAAGAUUUCCAGUCGAGUGGACGAAAAGAUUCCUAUGAGCAGCAUCACCGGUGCAUUAUUCGUAUUCGAUCCUGAUCUGGACUUCCGCCAAAACGGUAAUCUGGCAGAGGACAACAGCAACAAUAAGGCAGUACAAUGUGUUUGCUGUGCGCCAAAGGUCUACUAA